AUGACCAUCCCAGCUCCGCUCACAGCAGACGAUUUCUGGGCCUCCAUCGAGGACGCGUGGGCCACCAUCCCCGGCACCGCGGACGCGCGCGCGGCCCUCGCCUCCCCGUCCACCGAGGGUGAAGCUCGCUUCGAAGCCGCCGAGCGCCUCGAGCCCCACCUCCGCCUGUUCCUUGCAGCGCUCAAGACCGCACUGGAGGGCUACACCCAGCCGCAGCUCGCCGCGUGGGACGGGCACAUCGCGCAAGCGCUGUACGAUAUCGACCGUGAGGACGUGCACGCGGCCACGGACGGCUCGGACGACGGCUUCCUCUACGCGCGCGGGUUCAUCGUCGCCCUCGGCAAGCAGUACUACGACAAGGUGAACGCCGAGCCGGCCACCUACGGAGUUGAGGACGCAGAGUUUGAGAACAUCUGCUACGAGGCAAGCCAUGUCCACGACGCACGGUUUGGCGAGUGGCCUCCGCACGCUGUCAGCCGCGAGUCGGGGUCCAACAAGGCGGGCUGGCCAUCUAUCCAGCGCGAGUGA